GCUCAGUACAGAUGGAGUGAAGGUUUCAAGAACACACUUUAAGUUGCAUUGCUAAAAGUUUAAGAAAGAGGACCAUAAUAGAAGGAGGUGUCCAGAUGGUCCUAAUAGCAAAGAGAAACUGGCCUCUGCGCAUCAAACGAACUGUCUGUGCCAUUAUUUUCGUUUGUCUGUGAGCUCUUUCUUCUCUACACCGGUGGUCUCCUCCGUCACCGGUGGUGAUCGAGUGUGUAUGGCGGCGACGACGAACGCCAUGGAAGUUAACAGACCCGACGGCGACGACGAAGCGGGCCUGGGGUGGACAUGGGAGGAUAUAUUCGGCCCGAGUCCCGCUAACACGCCUGAGGUGCUGGAAGAGCGUGCAGUAUCGCUGGAGGGAGGGAUGCAAGAUGAUGAAGACACGACGGAGAAUAUACGGCGGAGGGAAGGAGUUGAAGACACUCUGGCUGCCAUGCAACGCGAUGAAGGGGCACCGGAUGGUAACACUGUGAAGGCUGAGCAAGAUGCAUAUGCACAGGAAGAAGAGCAAGAAGAUGUUAUUGUGAUUCGUUUCAAGGGGCCUCUAGAAAAGGGAAAAUCAAAGGCAAAGCCAACUGCCCAAAAAAACGAACCACAAAGGACAUUGCCGGACAGGAGUACGCUGGAGAGGGGUUCACGGGACAGCCGUACACUGGAGAGGGCUACGUUGGAGAGGGGUACCAUGGUCAAUAUGAUUAUGGUGCAGUCAACAAUAGUAUGACACUACAAUAUCAAGACGGUUUAGAUUUAAAUCUCACUCUGUUUUGAGACAUGUACUUAUUUCAGGCAAGUGCGCCAAGACGGUUUAGAUUUGAAUCUUUCUCUCUUUUGAAGUGUUGUCUACAUUGGUACCGUCUGUAUUUAUGUAAUUAUAUACUCCUAUGUAGUUCUAUAAUAUUUUGUGGAGACAUAUGUUAAAUGUUAAACGUUUGUAUAAUAUUGUGUGGAGACAUAUGUUAAAUGUUAAUUCCUAA